UGCCUUCUUCAGAAAUGAAGUAAUGAGCUGGCUGUGUCCGCCAUAUUAGUAGAACGAGCCUUCUGCGAAGGAUGCAGUGGAACGCUUUCUGGAGUGUUCUGGGCCUCAGCCUCCUAGUAGAUGGCACUUGGCAGGAUGAGACUGCAGAAAAUGAUGAACAACCUAAAACUUAUAAAGUCUCCAUCUCAGGAACCAAGAUCGAACUGACAUGCCCUUUAGAAAGUAGUGACAUAAAAUGGGAAAAAAAUAACAAAGAACUGUCUGGAGAGAGUAACAAACAACUCACGCUAAAUGAUUUUUCGGAAGUUGAGGACAGCGGCUACUACGCCUGCUACACAGACGCCAAAAAGAAGAACGCGUACCUCUACCUGAAAGCAAGAGUGUGUGAGAAUUGUGUGGAGGUGGACCUGACAGCAGUGGCCAUAAUCAUCGUCGUCGACAUCUGCAUCACUCUGGGCUUGCUGAUGGUGGUUUAUUACUGGAGCAAGAAUAGAAAGGCCAAGGCCAAGCCUGUGACCCGAGGAACCGGUGCUGGUGGCAGGCCCAGAGUGCAAAGCAAGGAGCGGCCACCACCUGUUCCCAACCCAGACUAUGAGCCCAUCCGCAAAGCCCAGCGGGACCUGUAUUCUGGCCUGAAUCAGAGAGCAGUCUGA